UGUCCUUCUUCCGGUAUUAAACCUGGGGUUUUAAGCGACGGCCAGACAAGCCCUAAGGCCGGAGUCCUUCUGCAAGGUGUUUGCUGCUCGCUCGCCUCCCUGGAGCGCACGCUUCCCUGCGGGGUGACCCGGUUGGCUGAUCGAACCCCGGCGCUGGGACUAGAAACGGGCGGGGCGCUGACGGGUGUUUGCACCCCUCUGGGGAAGGCGUGGUGCGCGCCAGGGUCUGGUUCACCGCCCUGGGUCUCGGGGAGCCUGGCCGCGCGGCCGCCGCGAGGACCCACGAGCGCGCGGUGCCCCAGGAUGUGGCCACGCGGCGACCCCAUGCGGGCCCCGGGGACCCCCGCGCCAGGCCGCCCGGCCCUGCCUCUGCUGCUGUGGCCUCUGCUGCUGCUGGCGGCGGCGCCGUCUGGCCGCGCAGUUCCCUGUGUUUCUGAUGGUUUGCCUAAACCUACAAAUGUCACCUUCUUUUCCGUGAACAUGAAGAAUGUCCUACACUGGAAUCCUCCAGAAAGUCUACAAGGAGUUGAAGUUAUGUACGCUGUGCAGUAUUUCAUAUAUGGGCAAAAGAGAUGGCUGAAUAAACCUGAAUGCAAGAAUAUCAGUAGGACCUACUGUGAUCUUUCUGAUGAAACAUCUGACUAUGAACACCAAUAUUAUGCCAAAGUAAAGGCCAUUUGGGAAACAAAUUGUUCCAAAUGGACCGAAAUGGGGCGAUUCUACCCUUUUUUAGAAACACAAACUGGUCCCCCAAAGGUUGCCCUAACUACUGAUGAGAAGUCCAUUUCUAUUGUCCUGACGGCUCCAGACAAAUGGAAAAGAAAUCCAGAAGACUGUACCAUUUCCAUGCAACAAAUAUACUCCAAUCUGAAGUACAUUGUGUCUGUAUAUAACAUCAAAUCCAAAAGAACAUGGUCCCAGUUUGUCACCAGCCCCACGCUGGUGCUCAGCUGCCUGGAGCCCAACACUCUGUACUGUGUCCAGGUGGAGUCUUUUGUCCCAGAGCCCCCGCGCCCUGCUCAGCCUUCUCAGAAGCAGUGUAUCAGUACUUCGGAAGAUCCAACAUCAGCAUUGAAGGUUAAAAUCAUUUUGUGGUAUGUUUUGCCCACAUCUGUGAUCGUGUUUCUAUUUUCUGUGAUUGGCUACUCCAUCUACCGCUAUAUCCAUGUUGGCAAAGAGAAACACCCAGAUAAUUUGAUUUUGAUUUAUGGAAAUGAACUUGACAAAAGAGUCUUUGUGCCUGCUGAAAAAAUCAUGAUUAACUUCAUCACCCUCAAUGUUUUGGAUGAUUCUAAAAUUCCUCAGAAGGAUAUGAUUCGACUGGACAAAAGCAGUGAUGGAUCCAAACUCAGGGAUCCCAAGCCCCUCUGGAACUUGGAGUCCCCUCCAGAGGAAGUGGAGGUGAAACACUUGGAGUACACCCCACAUUUGGUGGGAAUUUUCUGUAACUCGGAGGAAAACACCAGAGCUACUUCCCUGACCAAGCAAGAGUCGCUCACCAGCACAACAGCUGCAGGCGAAGCUGUGGUUGAAUAUUAGUGUGAUGUAAGAACUGACAUUCAUGGGGGAUCUGAAGAUCACCAGUUCAGUACACAGGAGGGGGCAUCCAUACAAGGAAAAUUAUUUCAGCAACAGGCAGCUUUGGCAAGCUUGGGUCCACCGAUGUUGUGCUCCUAUAGGCCUCAGCUCAGUGACUUACACCACCUGGCACAGGAGCGCUCUGCCUCAGAAGAGGGACUAGAGGAGGAGUCGUCGACGACCCUGGUUGACUGGGACCCUCGGACUGGCAAGCUAUGUAUCCCUUCCUUAUCUAGCUUUGACCAGGACCCCGAGGGCAGCGAGCAUAGUGAGUCUGAUGGUCUCACAGAGGAAGGCCUGCUGUCCAGACUCUACAAGGAGCAGGUACCAGCCAAGACAGAAGAAGAUGAAAACUAUGUCCUGCAAUUUACGGAGGAGUGGGGACUGUACGUGCCAAUGGAAAGCUAACCGAAGUGAGACUUGACUUUGCCCAACCCCUACCAUGACAGGGCAUGUGAGUGAGAACAGGUGAAGCAUCAGGGCUGCAAGAAGCAUGCUCAGAUUCCUCAGAGUCAGUGAGGAUGGCUGCCCUUCUCUGAGCUCCCUGCACUCGCCUGGUCUGGCCUCCUGUAGGGUGGGUGCUGCUUGUGGGUCUUUCACACUGCCCAUGGGGCCCUGGGGAUGCAAGGGCUGAUCUCUGCUGCAGACAGAGUCAGCAUUCAAUGCAUGCUUGCCCUGCAGGAUUGAUUGGGGGGGGGGUAGUGUGGCCAUUCUGUUUAUUAUUUUUCUAACAAUCAUAAAUCUCCAAUUAUUUUCUGGGUAUGUACUUACCAUGUGUAGGUAACACCACAAAAUAUUUCAUAAAGACCAUCCAUUUUACAAAAACUACUUUUCCAGAAUGUGUUGAUUA